AUGGCAAAGCUUGAUGAUGCAGUGUAUUCAUCAGUCAAUUAUUCUAUCAGAACCAAUGAUGACAGCAUAAUUUUCUGUAGAGCUUCCAUUAAGAAUUGUGACCCUUUACAACAUGUUUUGAAUGUCUAUGAAUUGGGUUCGGGUCAACAGUUGAAUAGGGCCAAAACUUCCUUAUAUUUCAGUAGUAACACUGCUCAUGAGGUUCAAGAGGAGAUAAAGUCCAGGUUUGGUGCUCAAGUUAUCAAGCAGCAUGAGAAGUAUUUGGGUUUACCUUCGUUGGUAGGGAAAAAUAGAAAAAAUUCUUUUAAGGAGAUUAAGGACAAGCUGGCUAGGAAAUUGGCAGGAUGGAAUGAAAAGCUUCUUUCUAAGGUGGGGAAAGAAAUUUUGAUCAAGGCCAUGGCCCAAGCAAUACCAACAUACUUUAUGAGCUGUUUUAGGAUCGCGAACUCGCUUUGUGAGGAGAUGACGAGCUUGAUGCAGAAUUUUUGGUGGGGUCAGAAAAAAGAUGAAAGGAAGAUGGCUUGGAUUAGUUGGGAUAAACUUUGUACUCCUAAAUCUCAAGGGGGUGUGGGUUUCAAGCAACUAAAACUGGACUCAGAUGGCUCAUUAAUUGGAGCUUGCAGUAAGAAGCUUCGGAUCCCUCUUGGUGCAGUAGAAGUGGAGGCAAAGGCAGUUGAGUUCGGGUUGCAAUUUUCUAAGGACUUGCUGAUUCAAGACUUCAUUAUGGAGGGUGAUUCAUUGGUGGUGUUCAAUGCCCUUUCAGAGACCUCUCCCUCGCCUUCGUCGAUUGUCUGUGAUUUAUGGUUCUGUAUCUGCUUCCCAUGA